ACCAGGAUGGCUGAGGUGACCACUGCCCCCACCGAGACCCACACUCUCCUGAACGAGUAUGGGGAAUACCACAACUGGUCCGAGCUCUUCCACCUCCUGAACUAUACCUAUACCUUCUGCGAGUUCAGCCUGGAUGAGAACGUCAAGAGGGUGAUCCUCUUCAUCCUUUACCUGGUCAUCUUCGUGGUGGGCUUGGUGGAGAACCUCCUCGUCAUCUGGGUCAACUGGCAGACGCGGGGCAACAAGAGCUUGGUCAACCUCUACAUUAUCAACAUGGCCAUCGCCGACCUCGGGGUGCUGCUCUCGCUGCCCAUCUGGAUGCUGGAGGUGAUGCUGGAUUACACCUGGCUCUGGGGCAGCUUCCUCUGCCGCUUCACCCACUACUUCUACUUUGCCAACAUGUACGCCAGCAUCUUCUUCCUCACCUGCCUGAGCGUGGAUCGCUACGUGUCCCUCACCAGCUCCUCCCUCUUCUGGCGCAAGCACCAGCACCGCGCGCGCCGCGUCGUCUGCGCCUGCAGCUGGGUCUUGGCAGCAGCCAUCCCCUUCCUGGAGGUUGCUCACAUGCAGCUGGUCAACACGGGAGAGCCCAUCUGCAUCUUCAUGGCCCCCUUUGAGACCUACGACGAGUGGGCGCUGGCGGUCAGCUUGGCCACCACCACCAUCGGGUUCCUCAUCCCCUUCCCCAUCAUCACCAUUUUCAACAUCCUGACGGCCAGGUUCAUCAAGCGCUCCAAGCCGGAGAGCAGGAAGCACUGUCUGCUCAUCUACGCCUACAUCGUGGUGUUCCUGCUCAGCUGGCUGCCCUUCCACGUCAUGCUCACGCUGCUCACCCUCGACGGCAACCACAUCAUCCUCCACUGCACCUUCGCCCACUUCCUCUACUUCUUCUACGACAUCAUCGACUGCUUCACCCUCCUCCACUGCGUCAUCAACCCCGUCCUCUACAACUUCCUCAGCAAAAACUUCCGCAGCAAACUCAUCUCCGCCGUGGUUAAGUACAUCCCCAAAGACCAAGGCAGCCAGAAGGGCGCCGACCAUUCCUCCUCCACCACGCAGCACUCCAUAGUCAUCACAAAGGACAACAACCCUCCCAAUUAAGGGGGGGGGUCAGGCUCUCCCACUCAUCACUGGCAAGUGGCUGUGGGGUUGGGGGGCAGCCCCCUGCCCUCACUGAGAUCAGUGAGAGUGAUUUUCCUGGUGAUGAGCAGACACUUUGCUUUUAAACAGCACUUCUUGUUGCCCCCCACCCCAGCCCCACGCUCUGGGGCAGGGCAGGGGGGUGCCCAGCGAUGGUGCGGGGGAGCUGCGGGCACCUCGCCUCUGAUGAGCUGCUGCUCUGUCAGGUUCUACUUAGCUAAAGAAAAGAACUCCAGAAAGAGAUAUUUCCUGUUUGCUGAAAGAUACACUUGCAGUAAUAAAGCGCAUUCACUCUGCCUGCUUGGAAGUCUCAACACAAAUCCGGCCCCUGGGACCUGACCCCCCCUUUCCCCGACCCGUGGGGCUGGGGGCACUCGAUCAUUUCCCUUCCCCACGACUUCUUCUUCAGCCCUUGGACUUUCACUUCCACACGUGCUGCGGAUACGGUGCCCCUCUGCCCGACGCCAUCCCCAGCAGGAGGGAGGAAACACAAAAAACCUCUCCCUCCCCGCGUCCGGCGAACGGCCGAAAGCCUGAUUUUACAGAAAAAAAUGAAGGCAACGCCACCGCGAGGGGCUGAGCGUGACACAGAGCUGGGCUUUAACGAGGGGAGGAACGAGGUGGCCAAGAAAGCCACCAGCAUCCUGGCCUGUGUCAGGAACAGCGUGGGGAGUAGGGCCCGAGAGGUGGUUGUCCCCCUGUACUGGGCACUGGUGAGGCCUCACCUCGAGUGCUGU